GAAAAAUAAAUAAAGACAAUGGGCCUUGUUAAAUCAUGCAUCACAUUCACAUGCCUAAUCUUGUCUCUCCUCUCCAUCAAUUGCUCUUCAUCAUCUCCACACAAACACUUUGAAAUUCUCGACGUCUCUGCUUCCCUAGAACAAACUCGGCAAAUCACCUCUCCAAAUUCCGCACCCACCACCAAUCACCAGCCGCCGCCGCCUUCCUCCAACUCUCUCUCAUUCCCUCUAAUCCCUCGCUCCUCUCUCCCUUCCGCCGCCACCACCACCAACUACUCCGCCCUCACGCUCUCCCGCCUCGCCCGCGACCAAGCCCACCACCAGUCCCUCCUCGCCCGCCUUGAGUCCCCCGUCACGUCCGGACUCAGCCAAAACAGCGGCGAGUACUUCGCCCGCGUCGGAAUUGGGCGCCCCGCCGCCCACCUCUACAUGACCAUCGACACCGGCAGCGACAUCACCUGGCUCCAAUGCAGACCCUGCCUCUUUUGCUACCCGCAAUCCGACCCGGUUUUCAACCCGCGCGCUUCUUCCACUUAUAAGGAUCUCACUUGCCUCUCGCCGCAGUGCGUCUCCCUUCGCGCCUCCACGUGCCUCGCCGGAGGAUGUCUUUACCAGCUUUUAUACGGAGACGGAUCCAUCACCACCGGAGACUUCGCCACUGAAACCAUCUCAUUCGGCACCUCCGGCUCCGUUGACAACGUGGCCAUCGGCUGCGGCCACGGAAACAUCGGCCUAUUUUCCGGCGCCGCGGGCAUUAUGGGCCUCGGCGGCGGCAACUUAUCACUCCCCUCUCAGAUCAAAGCGACGUCGUUCUCGUACUGCUUGGUCGACCGCGACUCGAACUCGUCAUCCACCCUAGACUUCAACUCAACCCGCCCGGCCGACUCCGUGGUGGCGCCGCUGCUCCACAACCCCUCCACGAACGUCUACCGCUACGUGGGGAUGACCGGGAUCCGCGUCGGCGGCGAGGCGGUGAACUUCCCGGCGUCCCUGCUGGAGAUGGGGAGCGACGGGAGCGGCGGCGUGAUCGUGGACUCGGGCACGACGGUGACGCGGCUGCGGAGGGAGGUGUACGGGCUGGUGCGGGACGCGUUCCGGAACAAGACGAAGGGGCUUCCGGCGGCCGGGGGUUAUUCGCUGUUCGACACGUGCUACGACUUGUCGUCGCUGAAGGAGGCGAGGAUGCCGACGGUGGCGUUCGAGUUUGGAGGGGGGAAGACGGUGGCGCUGCCGGCGAGGAACACCGUGAUUCCGGUGGACGGCGGGGGGAAGUUCUGCCUGGCGUUGGCGGGGUCGGGGAGGCUGUCGAUAAUUGGGAAUGUGCAGCAGCAGGGGAUGCGUGUUACUUAUGAUCUUGCAAAUAAUUUUAUUGCUUUUAGCCCUAACAAAUGUUAGAUCUUAGUAGUAAUUUUUAGCUAAAACUGCACUAGUCAUUGUUGUUUCUCUGAUUUUAUUAUGAUAGCAUUUGUAUUUGUUACCGUUUUGUAAAGGGCUAAUCACUUAGUGAAAUUAUUAUUGGUACUAUUACUUCA